UCCUUCCUCUUCUCUCCUUUUCUUCCUUUUUCUCUUUCCCCUCUACCAUCCUGACUCGACCUCACUCACUCAUUUGACACAUAUGCAUUGAGCACCUAUUAUGUUCCAGGCACUGGUCCAGACCCUGAGGAAACUGUCAGGAACAAAACAGGUAGACACUGUGCCUGGGGAGGCUAGUGUGCUAACCAGGGAGAUGCCCAUGAUACAAAAAAGAUAAAAUAAAUGGGCAAGUUAUACUUUAUGUAGGAAGACAGCAGCUACUAUGGAAAAAAAAAGAGAAAGUAGAGGUGGGUAAAAGGGAUCAGGAGCCCUGGAUGGGGCAGGGGUCAUGUUAAAGAGGGUGGUCAGGCGAGCCAACCCCCUUCUGCUCCCACUUCCUCCCUUUCUCUCUCCUCUGUCUUGCAGUAUCUAGAUUGUCCCAAAGCACACCCCUUCUCUGAAGGACACCUUGCAGAGAAAGCAUUCGCCUGGACUAAGCAUUUAACAAAACACAGACCUCCUCAAGUUACUUCCCUGGGCUCCUUGCUCUCCCUAGUUUCCCCUGAGGCCAGUAAUCAUUAAGACAAUAAAAUACACCCCUGAUAGGAUGCAGAUGUAGUCAGAACAGCUCCAGUGGAUGAACCCCCAAGUCGGCCUGCCCCCUCUGCUGUCCACCUUCUGUCUCCUUGCUCCUCAGGGUUCACCUGGCUCUGCACGUCCCAUCUCUAGUGCUUCUCCUGUCUCAUAACUUCCAAGCUCAGACUCAGAGCUCGUUCUAGCCCAGAGAAGACCCUGAUAUGACCCACCACACAGUUGCCCAGGCCAAAAGUCCUCAGCCUGUCCUUUCACAGUGUCCCUCACAGAUGCCAGAGCUGCCCCUUCCCCUCCCCUGCUCACAGCCCUCCCAUGGCUCCCCAGUGACCCCAGACAAAGUCCUAUCCUCUCUUAUGCACCCCACCCCAACACACCUCCAUGUUUCACCAUUUAUGCUCCACAUCAAUCCAUCCAUACUUUCUUGUCUGGCCAGGGCAUUCCUUGCCUUGAAUGUCUUUUCUGCUCCAUUGUUCAGCCCCCACCUCCAUCCCUGCUAUUACCCUGGCUAAUUCCUUCAGCACAUCACCUCCUCCAAGAAGCCCUCCCUGACUCUCCAGCUGGGUUGGUGCAUCCUCAAACUGGUCUGUGGCCCUCUGUUUACACAGCUGUCUCCUUUACCAGACUGGCAUCUCCUCAAGGGCCAGGCCAGGUCUGAGUCAUAUCUGAUCCUGGCAUCGCCCAGCUGGGAGCCUGGCCCGUCACCAGUGCAAGAGAUGUCCCUACAGUAAACACAUGUCCUGUCCUCUGCCUUUCUCCAUGUCUGCCUUAUUAUCUCCCCACUCUUCUCUCCUCUGUCCUUCUGGUCUGGAAACCACACCCUGAGGUUUUCUGAUGAUAAUGGAAAUCUUGGGAGGACCACUGUGGACCCAAGGCAGGGACCGGAGAUCAGCCCCAUUGGAGCGGAAGGUUCUGGGAGACAUGGCUGUUAGUGAGGGGAGCAGGAGGUAGUCCCACCACCACCAGUUCCUUCCUGCUGUGGGAGGGUCCACUUUCCCCUGUCCUUGUUUUUCAGCUCUGUCUUCUUUCCUUCCAGCCUUGGUCAUUUCUCUCUGCAAGGGAUUCUGGGAGCCUAGGCUUCUGGGUCUGAGGGAGGAGGGGCUGGGGGCCUGGACUCCAGGAUCCUAGAGGAAAUUAUUGGGGUGUAAAGUCCUGGUCCCUCCUCCCUCAUCCACACUCUGGUUUUAGAAACAUCUGGUUUUAUACAGCGGCUCCACCCAGCAGGGCAGGGUGGGGGCUGGAUACUCAAAAGCCCAGCUUCUGAGUGGAGCUUGUACUUCCCCCUAGCCCCACCCUGGGGUAGAGGAAUCACUGGCCCCUCCUCCUCUGGGCUCAGCUCCCACCAGAGGACCCAUCAUCCUGACACAGCCAGACACCAGGCGGUGGCCCAGGCUUCCAGCAACCCCGUCAGCACAGGCUGACUUUGCUCUGCGCUGGUCUUCAAAUGCCCCCCCAGCUCUCGGGCCACAGAGAAACUCGGAGAGCAGCAGGAGAGCAGAGCGCCUAGCCGACCCGCAGACAUGAGACAGGACAUGACCAAGCCCAGCCGGACAGUCCGUCAGUGCUCUGGCCUGGCCCGGAGGGUGCUGACCAUCAUCUUCGCGCUGCUCAUCCUGAGCCUCAUCACCUGGGCCUACGCUGCCGGUGUGCCGCUAGCCUCCGAUCGCUAUGGCCUCUUAGCCUUCGGACUCUACGGGGCCUUCCUCUCUGCGCACUUGGUGGCUCAGAGCCUGUUCGCGUACCUGGAGCACCGGCGGGUGGCGGCAGCCGCGCGGAAGGCGGCGGCUCGGGGGCCCCUGGAUGCGGCCACGGCGCGCAGUGUGGCGCUGACCAUCUCCGCGUACCAGGAGGACCCUGAGUACCUGCGCCAGUGCCUGGCGUCUGCCCGCGCCCUGCUGUACCCGCGCACACGGCUGCGCGUCCUCAUGGUGGUGGAUGGCAACCGCGCAGAGGACCUCUACAUGGUUGACAUGUUCCGCGAGAUCUUCGCGGAGGAGGACCCCGCCACCUACAUCUGGGAUGGCAACUACCACCAGCCCUGGGAACCUGCGGCGGCUGGCGCGGUGGGCGAGGGCGCCUACCGGGAAGUGGAGGCAGAGGACCCCGGGCGGCUGGCGGUGGAGGCGCUGGUGAGGACGCACAGGUGCGUGUGCGUGGCGCAGCGCUGGGGAGGCAAGCGUGAGGUCAUGUACACCGCUUUCAAAGCGCUUGGCGACUCGGUGGACUACGUGCAGGUGUGUGACUCAGACACGAGGCUGGACCCAAUGGCACUGUUGGAGUUGGUGAGGGUGCUGGAUGAGGAUCCCCGGGUAGGGGCUGUUGGCGGAGAUGUGAGGAUCCUUAACCCUCUGGACUCCUGGGUCAGCUUCUUAAGCAGCCUACGGUACUGGGUGGCCUUCAACGUGGAGCGGGCUUGUCAGAGCUACUUCCACUGUGUGUCCUGCAUCAGUGGUCCCCUAGGCUUAUACAGGAACAACCUCCUGCAGCAGUUUCUUGAGGCCUGGUACAACCAGAAGUUCCUGGGCACCCACUGCACUUUUGGGGAUGACCGGCACCUCACCAACCGCAUGCUCAGCAUGGGCUAUGCCACCAAGUACACCUCCAGGUCCCGCUGCUACUCGGAGACCCCCUCAUCUUUUCUGCGCUGGCUGAGUCAGCAGACGCGCUGGUCCAAGUCGUAUUUCCGCGAGUGGCUAUACAACGCGCUGUGGUGGCACCGGCAUCAUGCGUGGAUGACCUACGAGGCGGUGGUCUCGGGACUCUUCCCCUUUUUCGUGGCGGCCACAGUGCUGCGGCUUUUCUACGCGGGCCGCCCGUGGGCGCUGCUGUGGGUGCUGCUCUGUGUGCAGGGAGUGGCGCUGGCCAAGGCAGCCUUCGCCGCCUGGCUGCGUGGCUGCGCGCGCAUGCUGCUGCUCUCACUCUACGCGCCCCUCUACAUGGGAGGCCUCCUGCCCGCCAAGUUCCUGGCGCUGGCCACCAUGAACCAGAGUGGCUGGGGCACCUCAGGCCGGAGGAAGCUGGCCGCCAACUAUGUCCCUAUGCUGCCGCUGGCCCUGUGGGCGUUGUUGCUGCUCGGGGGCCUGGUGCGUAGUGUGGUGUAUGAGGCCAGAGCCGACUGGAGUGGCCAGUCCAGGAUUGCUGAGGCCUACCACCUGGCGGCUGGGGCCGGCGCCUACGUUGGGUACUGGGUGCUCAUGCUCACGUUCUACUGGGUGGGUGUAAGGAGGCUCUGCCGGCGGCGGGCCGGGGGCUACCGCGUCCAGGUGUGAGUUCUGGUGCGCCGGUGCUAACACACGGGUCUUCACGGGAGACAAGAAACGAAUCAGGUCCCAGGACCGACGAACUUAUGGGUAAACUCUCUGGACCUCAGUUUCCCUCCUCUAUGAAGUAAGGGGGGUCAACUCAAGAUUCUUCAGCCUGGACUAUUUUGGGGCUGGGAAUUCUGGGUCUCUGGGGAGGGGUAUUUAUUGAUCAGCGUGUGGAUUUUUAGGGGUAGGGGGAAGGGGCCCCCAUUUUCUUCCUGCUCUUAUUUAAUCUCCAUUUGUACUGUGUGAUUAGGAUAUAAUAAAGAAUUUUAUUUAUUUUC